AUGGGCGUCGACACGGGCUACAGCGCAAAUGCCUCAUCUUCGAUGUAUCCGCACUCUGCCGGCGGUCCCUCGUAUCAGUCUCCAUAUCCUGCUUAUCCCGGUCCCGUUCAGGGAAGCUUUCACGCGCCGAUAGACCUCACUGAAGAGUCAGGCGAGACUGGCAAGAAGCAUGCAUCUGGCAAGCGCAAGGCUGUUGGAGAUCAUAGCAAUGCCGGCCCGCCCAAGCCCUCGCGCAAACGCAAAGCAGGCGCCGUGGAAGAGGACGAGGGAUCGCCAUCAAAGAAGAAGGCCGCGAAGCCCAAAGAUGGCGAGAAGCGUCUCCGUGUCUUCCGAAAACGAGCACCUCAAGCCUAUGCUGAGAUUCGGCAUCGCGCGCUAACACAACGCAUGAUCAUAAUCGAUCGUGAACGAACUUCCCCGCCCGCCGAUAUCGACCCCACUUCGCCCGACAACCAUCCUACAGAGACUGUAUCACUCGCGGGAACGACAGGAAACAUCUACCGAAUCACAAUCUCACGCGUGCCUUCCUGCGAUUGCCCUCACGCAAGGAAAGGCAACCAGUGCAAGCACGUCAUUUACGUCCUCCAUCGCGUCCUCCGCGUACGCGAAGAUCUCGAAUAUCAGCUCGCAUUCCUAUCCUCCGAACUUCGAGAAAUCUUCUCCAAGGCACCUGCGCUUCCCUCCGAAGUCGCAAAGAAAAAUAACGAUGACGGCGAAAUGGACGGAAACCGCAAGUCUCUCGAAGGCGAAGACUGCCCCGUCUGCAUGGAAGAAUUCGAGACAGAUGGAAAAGGGAGACCCAAGCGUGGGGAAGAUGUGGUAUAUUGCAAAGCAGCAUGCGGGAACAAUAUACACAAAGAGUGCUUCAAGCAGUGGGCCGUAGCGAAGAAGGGGCAGGGGCAUGUGACGUGUCCGUUCUGUCGGACUCCAUGGCAGGAUGACGAAGAGACGAGAAGUAUGGAUUUGAAGAGUCUUGCGAAGGCUGGACCGGUCAAUGAGGAAGGCUAUGUUAAUGUUGCGAGGCAAUUGGGACUUUCGGGUCGGAGGGAUUAUUCCACUUACAAUGAGUUCUGGAUGAGGAAUAGGAUGGGAGAUGAUUGGUAGGAUGAUUGUGUGGUAUUGGAGUUUUGGUGAUGUGGAUCUGAAAGCGAUACCCGAUUUAUUGAGAUACCCCGGGGAGGAAGACUACUCUUUACGACUCUGAUUUCAGGCAGCAUAACUCACCUGCUCUAGUUUGCAAGCUUUUUGAGAUCUGUCUCAAGAACGGCGCACGCCCGCAAUUUGAGCCAGAUUGUAAUUCAAUGAGGC